CUCCUACCAGUGAAGAGUGGUAGAAGCACGUGAAAGGUUUAUCGAAAAUCCGGCACAUAAUAUUUGUGAGAGAUGCCGUCAGAACUACUAAAACCUCCGAGUAAAGAGAUACUGGAGAGAGUACGGGGUGAGUUUGGUCUGAAUGAAGAACGAGUGAGGGAAGCUGUGGAACAUCUGAAGGACUGGAUACAGCUGCAGCCUCAUCUGCCUAAAGAAAUUGUUGCAGAUGAUGGCAGGCUGGAGCGGUGGCUCAUCCGAUGCAAGAACAGCACGGAGAAGGUCAAGAGGACGCUGGACCUGCACUAUACGCUGAAGACAGACGUGCCUGAGAUAAUGACGGGGUGGGACACACAUGCAGACUGGUUCAAAUCCAUAACAAAUAUUGUAUUCUACAUCCCACUGCCUCAGCUCACUGCAGACUGUGAUCGAGUGGCCAUAAUGGGUCUGCAGACUUUUGACGUCACAGACUACGACACUCUGAACCACAUCAAAAUAGGACAUUUGUUGCAAGAGAUAAGAAUAUGUGAGGAUUACUGCCUCUCGGAUAUCUACAUACUUGAUCUUGCUAAAUACAGUCUGGGACACGUUCCAAAGAUUAGCCUUCCUCUUCUGCGCAAACUCCAGUUAUGUUCCCUAGGAGGGUACAAUCUUCGCAUUAAGGCGUUACACAUUUUGAAUGCCCCGCCAUAUGCUGAUACUUUCAUUGCGGCGCUGAAACUCGUAUUCAAAUCCAAAAUUGCUGACAGGAUUCACGUUCAUGGCACCGACCUGACGUCAUUCUACGAGCAAGUACCGAAGAAAAUCCUUCCUACGGAAUAUGGCGGAGACUCUGGGUCCGUGUCCGAAAUCUGGGAUCGCUGGCUGAAGAAGAUGGAGAGUUAUCACGAUGUAUUCCUGGAACGUGAACAAUAUAGGUCAGACGAGUCUAAAAGACCUGACAGUCUCAGCAACAGCGACCUUUUAGGGUUCGAAGGAUCAUUCAGGAAGCUAGAAGUCGAUUACGUGUGGCUGCCAGUCAAAUAUGCUUUUAACUGUUCCGUUAGAGCAGUGCAACUUUCGCCGAGGGUGAAGAACGAGGCCACGGACCUCAAUUCGUCAGUAGCGACAGAAACUCGCAACAUGGCUCUUCCGCCUCCUAGCAACGACGUUAUAGAACGCGUCAGGGCUGAUGCUGGUGUUAGCGAAAAUAGGAUUCAAGAAGACGUUAAGAACCUGAAGGAAUGGCUGAAGUUACAGCCACAUCUACCACAUGAUUAUGAUGAAGGCAGGUUGGAACGGCGUUAUAUCUGGUGUAAGGCGAGCCUGGAACGCACCAAAUCGUCCCUAGAUAUGUACUACACUUUAAGGGCUGCUGUGCCUGAGAUACUAGCCAACAGGGAUCCCUUUAGCCCCUGGUUUAAACAGAUCACAAGUCUUUCAUACUGUCUGCCACUCCCGCGACUAACAGAGGAGUGCCACCGCGUCGUGGUGGUGGGGAACCUACACCCCGACGCCACAAAGUAUAAUCUCCUGGACUUCUUCAAACUAAUCUUCAUGGUGGGAGAUGUGAGAUUUUCUGAGGAUUGCUGUGUGGCCGAUACAUACAUCGUGGACAUGGCCAACUUUGGACUUGGUCAUGUUGCCAAAAUUACGUUCACAGCAGUCAAGAAGCUCGAAGUGUGUGCCAUGAAAGGUUACAGCGCAAGGAUCAAGGCUCUUCACUACGUGAAUGUGCCGCCAUAUGCUGACGUAGUCAUCGCCCUGAUGCGUAGCGUCAUGAAGCCCAAGAUUGCCGCUAGGAUGCAUGUUCAUACAAAAGGAAUGGAUUCUCUCCAUGACAAAGUCAACAAAACUAUUUUACCUGAAGAAUAUGGAGGUAAAGCUGGUUCUAUAAGCGACCUUUGGGAUUCUUGGAAGAAGAAACUAGAAAGCUAUCGGGACUGGUUUGUGGAACAGGAUAAACUAAAGGCUGACGAGUCAAAACGCCCUGGGAAGAAAAUUUAUAGCAGCGACAUUUUCGGAUUUGAAGGCUCUUUUCGCCAGCUUUCAGUUGAUUAGCUUUUCUCGUGAUGCUCGUCUGUACGACCGUACAGAUCAUUUCCUUUCCUGUAUCAAUUCACUGAGAAAUUCCAUGAACAAGAUAAUCACGAUGAGCACUAUCUUAUAGGUUGUGACGCCGUGUAGCCUGGUCGAUGUUUAUCAACGUUUCAGAGGAUUGUACUGACUCAAUCUUCAGAAUUGAAAAGUAAGCCAAGCAAACGGGAAGGAGAAAUCUCCAUUGUUACCACAGCAAGAACCUCAAACCAAGUAACGCCAUUAAGAAAUUGAAGGGAUAUUGGUUCAAGCCUUGUGCGUACAGGACACUUUGGUGACCAUAUACCCAAAUGAUGGCAUACUAGAGACUGAUUCGUGUAUUCAUAAACGAAUCAUUAUAUCUAAUAACGAAGAAAUUAAAAUGAAAUUUUACGUCACGUGACAAUUAGAGGCUAUUGUUGACAGAUUCACCUACCGACAGAAUUGGUAAUACCAGCAACCAGCACGUGCAGUGCUCUAUCGGCGCACUGUAGGCUAUUAUCGUAAUCUCAAGCAGCAUCAAAACGAUUCCAUUGUACAGAAACAGAACACCGGUAAUUGUUUUGGCUCUGAGCUGGAGAGAAUUUUCUGCAAGUGUCGAUAGUAAUGUGAAAACAUUAUUUUCAACAAAAAUAUUACACGCCCUAAUAUUGUGAUUAUAUUAUCGAUAUAACUGAAACAAUAAUAUACAUGUAUAGUUUAUAAACACCUUUCCUGCUAUUUUCCAUAUCUUAUUGUCCUCAGUGUAAAUUUAUUACAAAUAAAUUAUAAUUUUGUAAAAAUGUG